GAGAAGGUUGGAGAAGAAAAUGUUGUGCAAGUUGUAACUGACAAUGUUUCUAAUUAUAAAUUGGCGGGACAAAUGUUAAUGGAUAAGAGAAAGGGCUUGUUUUGGACUCCUUGUGCCGCCGAUUGCAUAGAUUUGAUGUUAGAAGAUUUUAAGAAGGAAAUACAAGUUCAUCGUGUUACAAUUGGUAAAGGAAAAAAGAUUGUGGCAUACAUUUAUUCAAGAACCAAUCUUAUUCAUUGGAUGAAGGAGUUUACAAAAGACAUUGAACUUAUAAGGCCUGCGGUAACUCGGUUUGCUACCUCUUACUUGACAUUGAGACGUCUUCAUGAGCAAAAAGGUGCAUUGUUCUCUCUAUUUACAUCAAACAAGUGGAGGAAUAGUAGAUUUGCGAAGUCUGAAAAGGGGAAAAAAUUGAAACUAUUGUUUUGGACAAUCGAUAUUUUUGGAAGGGUGUUUCUACCUGCUUGAAGGCUGCAGUACCUCUCAUUAAGGUACUUAGGUUGGUGGAUUCGGAUGAGCAUCCGGCAAUGGGAUUCAUUUAUGAAGCAAUGGAUCGUGCGAAAGAGGAAAUUCAAAAGAAUUUCAAUAAUGUCCUAAGAUGCUAUGAUCCUAUAUGGGCCAUCAUUGAUAAAAGAUGGGAAACCCAACUCCAUCACCCAUUGCAUGCUGCAGCAUACUUCUUGAACCCUCAGUUUCAUUAUAGUCCCAAUUUUCAAGCUGAUGCAGAGAUUAAAAUUGGGUUGUAUAAAUGUCUUGAAAAAAUGGUCCCUGACACUAAUGAGAGGGUGAAGAUAGAUUUGCAAAUUGAUGCAUUCAAGAAUGCAAGAGGACUCUUUGGUAUACAAAAUGCCAUCUUGACUAGAAAAAAGAAAUCUCCAAGUUAUUUAUUUUUACCCUAAGUUGAUUUGUAAGUUGUAUCAAUCUUAUGUUAUGAUUAUUUGUUUUGAAGAACUUUAAAUUUUGAACUACUUAAUUAAAAUUUCAAUGUAGGGGAUUGGUGGGACUCUUUUCGUGAUGAAUGUCCUGAGUUGAAGAGGUUCGCAA